AUGUCUUCCCGGAAGAAAACAAUGCUCAAGGUCAUCAUAUUAGGCGACUCGGGUGUCGGAAAGACCAGUUUGAUGCAACAAUACGUCAGCAAGAAGUUCAGCAAUCAAUACAAAGCCACCAUCGGCGCUGACUUUCUCACCAAGCAGGACGUCCGUGUCGAUGACCGUAAUGUUACCAUGCAGCUCUGGGACACCGCCGGCCAGGAACGCUUCCAAAGUCUAGGAGUCGCCUUCUACCGCGGCGCCGACUGCUGCGUCCUCGUCUACGACGUCAACAACGCGAAAUCGUUUGAAGCCCUCGACAGCUGGCGCGACGAGUUCCUCAUCCAGGCCUCACCCCGCGACCCCGAAUCCUUCCCCUUCGUCGUCCUCGGCAACAAGAUCGACGUCGAAGAGUCCAAGCGGGCGGUCUCACAGAAGCGCGCGCUCGCGUUCUGCCAGGCAAAGGGAAACAUCCCGUAUUUCGAGACCAGUGCUAAGGAGGCUAUCAACGUCGAUCAGGCGUUCGAGGUCAUUGCCCGAAACGCGCUCGCGCAGGAGGAGUCGGAGGAGUACAGCAGCGACUUUUCGGAUCCGAUUAAUAUCCAUCUUGAUAACGAUAGAGGCGGGUGCUGUUAA